AUGCGGGGUCAUAUGAACCAUUGGUUGAGUGUUUUUGAACACUACAUGCAUGUCAAGAUGCAAGCACAGGUAAGAAUUGUAUUUGAAACAGGCGAUACUGGUGCAGAUAGUGCAUCCAAUGAUAGCAAUAACAUGUCCAAGUUGAAGUGUGAUACGUUUAACCACUUUUGUGACGAUGAGUUUGGUUUGUUGCCAGUUUGGUUUGUUGCCAGUUUGGUUUGUUGCCAGUCUGGAUCAGCAUGA